CUGUCGCAGAGCGAUGACGUCACCGCCAGGCAUUUCCGGUUCGGAGGAAGCUCGAGCGGGACCCGGGAGCCGGGCGGUUCCCCGCCGCCGGGAUGCACCGGCGCGGGGUGGGAGCGGGCGCCAUCGCCAAGAGGAAGCUGGCGGAGGCCAAAUACAAGGAGCGAGGGACAGUGCUGGCUGAAGACCAACUGGCUCAGAUGUCUAAGCAACUGGACAUGUUUAAGACCAACUUAGAAGAAUUUGCCAGCAAACACAAGCAAGAGAUUCGUAAAAAUCCCCAGUUUCGGGUCCAGUUCCAGGACAUGUGUGCAACCAUCGGAGUGGAUCCAUUGGCAUCUGGUAAAGGAUUCUGGUCAGAGAUGCUGGGAGUUGGAGAUUUCUACUAUGAGCUGGGAGUUCAGAUUAUUGAAGUUUGUCUGGCUCUGAAACACAGAAAUGGAGGUCUCAUAACCCUGGAGGAACUUCAUCAGCAAGUGCUAAAGGGAAGAGGGAAGUUUGCCCAGGAUGUCAGCCAGGACGAUCUCAUCCGAGCUAUCAAGAAGCUGAAAGUUCUGGGCAGUGGCUUUGAGAUUAUUCCUGUUGGAGGGACAUAUCUGAUCCAGUCUGUACCAGCUGAACUGAACAUGGAUCACACAGUGGUUUUGCAGCUGGCUGAGAAAAAGGGGUAUGUAACUGUCAGCGAGAUAAAGUCCAGUUUAAAGUGGGAGAUGGAACGUGCCAAGCAUGUGCUGGAACACCUGCUGAAGGAAGGCAUGGCCUGGCUUGACACACAAGCUCCAGGGGAAUCUCAGUACUGGCUGCCUGCUCUCUUUACAGAACUUUACUCUCAGGAAAUCACUCCAGAGGAAGCAAUCCCUUGACUGUUAAGAGGAAAACCCUGAGCUGCGUGCACCUGUACAUAUUCCCCCUUUGCUGUUGUAUUACCUAAAGUAGGACACUUAACUUUAAAGUUGUUUUAAAAAAGUCCCUAGGUUACCCAUUUAAUUGAUCAAAAUUAUACAUGCUUAAACUUUUUACCACCAGUGUGAUGUAGAGGUCUACUGUUCUAAACUAGAACAUGGGAGAGAUGCAAAAGUGAUUCUGCCUCCUUAAAGUGGAAAUUUACCCUUUAAGCUUUUAUCAGCUGUGGAGACUGGCCCCAGCAGCAUCCCUGCUCUGUUGAAGUGUUUUAGAAAACUACUGUAAACUCAAGUCACUUCCCUAUGAAAAAUACAAGUCUAGAUUCUGCCAAAACAAACUUUAUUGCACAAAAAAAUCUUAUGUACAAUUGUAUAUAAACAAGGUGUUUUAUAGUGACUCUUGUGCAUAUAUUUUCAAAUCAUUAGGUCUAAAAUUGUCACUAAAACAUGUCUGCCUAGAGCAGUUAUUGAGGAUUGUCACUUUGAAAUGGAAACAUUCAGAAACAGCAGGACAGGUAACAGUGCUAUAAAACUAAUACAUUUACAGCCACAUGCUUAGGUGAAUGGUGUCCACAGUAAGGCUGUGUGUGUGUGGAUGGUAAUGCCACAUGCACCACAUACAUAUUUCUGAACCAGAUCUGCCUUAUGAAGGUAUUAGAGGCCCAGCUCUAACCCAUUUUAGAGUGGAGAUACUACUGAUUUAUGAAAACUGUGAAAUUUACAAGGGGAUUAAACAGUAGCACAGCUCAGACUUCUCAUACCAAUAUGCCUCCAUGAAACCUUAUAUCACGUAAACUGCUUUAUUUACUUCCAUCUGGUGUGGCCUACAUCAGUUUCCCUUCAGAGAAGAUAGGGUUCCAUUCUAAACCAUACCAAUGGCAGACCCAAGGUGAUUGUUUUCAAAAGAAAAGAUUGAGUUGUUAAAUGGCAACUUGAAUUCUGGAAUCUUUCAACUUCUCAAAGCUACUUAAGCAUUUACAAUAGUUGAUAUUCUACAGAAACAAUCUGUAUUGAAAAUAAUUCACCAACACGUGGGACAUUGAAAACUGCAGUUUGAUCUACAAAAAAAGACUCUUUAGAACAGUUACCUGACCUGGAGCUUCUUUCCAUGCCACAAUGAGAAUUUUUUUUUGGGGGGGAGGGGAGUGUGGGGGAGGUUGGUGCACCAUAGUAUGUGCUCAACUUUUAAUCAGUGCUCUUGUAAAACAAGAUUAAGCCCUUCAUCUGGGGAACACUUUACCACCCAGUUCGGUGGUGGUAAAAUCAAUCAGGCCUAUUUAUCUGCCUGCUUGACCUGGGUGUGUUUCACCUCUAUGCCCCUUACUUUAAAUACAUCCUUGAUGUAAUGGCACGCACAGCCAGCAGACACCUGCCCAAGAGGUAUGAAUUGCUCACAAUGAGACACUGCUGUUAGAACUAUUAAAGCUUUAAGAACUAGUUUUACCACUGGUCAAGUUUGGCAAGGGAAUGUUCUGCUGCUAUUGACAUUCGCUCCAUGAAGAUGGCUUCCUGCUUAUAAAUGUCCCUUAUCCUAGCAUUUUAUUUGUCCUGGAUCAAAACAACAGCAG